AUGAAGUCAGCUCUGCACCAGAUAGUAGGCACCACCUUGAGUACAAUCACCACAGGUCUGCAUUAUCUUGGCUCCAAUGAUGCCAGCUAUGAUGACUCUUCUAUUGACUCAAGCCUUAUGAAGAAUGAACUCCACUUUCAGAAGCCUCUCUCGGCCUCAAUAAGCAACUCCUUCCCCAGACUUGUUCCUGGAGACACGGACGUCACUUACAACGGCCUCCUCCCCACUAUUUACCCAACCAACAUAUCGGACUUUCUCCUGGGCAAUGGGACAUCUAUGGAAAGUGAAGGCAUGACACAAUGUGGCGAGAACUUUGUAGACAACAUGGAGUGCUUCAUGAUCCUGACUCCUAGUCAGCAGCUAGCGGUUGCUAUCUUGGCGCUCACCUUGGGCACAUUUACCGUGCUGGAGAACCUCAUGGUGUUGUGUGUAAUCCUGCACUCGCAGACCCUGCGCUCGCGCCCUUCCUAUCACUUCAUAGGUAGCCUGGCCGUGGCAGAUCUAAUAGGCAGCAUCAUAUUUGUCUACAGCUUUCUGGACUUCCAUGUCCUCCACAGAAAGGAUAGCCCCGGUGUUUUUCUCUUCAAGUUAGCAGGGGUGAUUGCCUCCUUCACAGCUUCUGUGGGCAGUUUGUUCCUCACUGCGAUUGACCGCUACAUCUCCAUCCAGAGGCCUAUGGCGUACAAGCGUAUUGUCACGAAGACCAAGGGAAUCAUUGCCUUCAGCGUGAUGUGGUGCAUCUCCAUCGUCAUAUCACUGCUCCCUCUGCUGGGUUGGAACUGUAAGCAACUCAACUCAGUCUGCUCAGACAUUUUCCCGCUGAUUGACCGAAGGUACCUGAUGUUCUGGAUUGGGAUGACGAGCAUCUUGGUCCUGUUCAUCAUCUAUGCCUAUAUUUUCAUCAUGUGGAAAGCUCAUCAUCAUGCCAUUCGCAUGCUGAGCCGCAGCUCUCAAAGGAGUGUUAUAGUCUACACGGCUGAUGGGACCAAGGUUCAGAUGAUAAGGCCUGAGCAGGCCCGUAUGGACCUCCGUCUGGCCAAAACCCUGGUCUUAAUCCUGGUAGCGCUCAUCAUUUGCUGGGGCCCUGUUCUAACAAUCAUGGCAUACGACCUCUUCUGGAAAGUGAAUGAUUUCAUCAAGACUGUGUUUGCCUUUUGCUGCAUGCUGUGCCUGCUCAACUCCACUAUAAACCCUGUGAUCUAUGCCAUGAGGAGUAAGGACCUGCGCAGGGCUUUUCUCAACAUCUGCCAAGUAUGCUGGCGUCCAGCACAGCCUCUGGACAACAGCGGUGAAAGUGACUACAACAGUAGGAGUGUAAGAGGCUCAAUCGGUACGGCAGGAAAAGAUGGGACCAGCAGCACAAAGACCAAUAGAGCAAAGGUUGCACAAGUUACUCUGUCUGGAGCCACUGAUACGUCUACUGCCGAGCUGGUCUGA